CAAGCCGUGGUGAAGCAUGGCCUAGACCAAUGUUUCAGACGACAGGCCCGAACGUCAUCUUGCUUGACCCAAGAACCUUCAGCUUUGUGUUCGUCGGCUCUGCUGGUGGUUGUGACGUAACGGAUCGGGCACUUAGGAGAUACCGCACUCACCUCCUCUUCAAUGACUGCGCACCGACGGGAGGAGUGUCUGGCAGCCUGAGAUGGACACCUCGCCGCAACCAUUCUGUUGGAGUACCGGUGGCCGACAUCAGCUCCCUCCUCAUCCACCUCCGUGGACCUUGCGAGCACACCCCACAUCAUGACAUGGACGAAUCAUAUUCUCUGCAAUUGUCGGCAAAGGCACAGCCAUCGCUGACGGCGGACUCGGUGUGGGGAGUACUCCGGGGUCUGGAAACGUUCAGUCAGAUUGUUUACCCUUACGACGGCACCAAGUUCGCCGUAAACGAGACUACGAUCCACGAUGCCCCAAGAUUUAAGCACCGUGGUCUCCUCAUCGACACCUCCAGGCACUUUAUUCCGCUCAAGAAGGUUGUUGAAACACUGGAUGCCAUGACGUACAACAAGAUGAAUGUUCUGCACUGGCACAUCACAGAUGACCAGUCUUUUCCAUUCGUGAGCAGAACGUUUCCGUCCUUGAGUGAAAAGGGUGCGUUCGACCCAGAGACCCAUGUCUACAAGCCUGCUGAUGUUCAGUACAUUAUUGACGAAGCGACCACAAGAGGCAUCCGUGUCAUGGCUGAAUUCGACACACCCGGUCACACGCGGUCAUGGGGCGAAGCGUAUCCGGAGCUGCUCACCACGUGCUAUGAAGGUGGCGUGCCAAAUGGUCGACUGGGUCCAAUAGACCCAACACGUAACCAGACAUACGCUUUCCUGGCCCACUUCUUCGCGGAAGUGGCACGUGUCUUUCCUGAACAGUACCUGCACUUGGGGGGAGACGAAGUCGAUUUUCUGUGUUGGAUAUCUAAUCCGAACGUUACAAGUUUCAUGAGACAGAUGGGAUUUCCAAGGCGCUUUGACAAACUCGAGGACUACUACAUCCAAAGAUUGCUCGAGAUUGUAAAGGUAUUGCGCAAGAGUUGCAUGGUUUGGCAAGAAGUGUUCGACAACAAAGUGCAGAUCACUCAAGACACCAUUGUCCACGUCUGGAAGCAGCCGCAAGAGCUUGAAAUGGCUUCAGUGACAUCUGCGGGAUACAAAGUACUGCUGUCCGCCUGCUGGUAUCUCGACCAUAUAUCGUACGGCACCAAUUGGAAGAAAUACUACGCCUGCGACCCGGAGGAUUUUCCCGGUACACCUCAGCAAAAGGCCUUGGUGCUUGGCGGUGAAGCCUGUGUAUGGGGCGAGUUCAUAGACAGCACAAAUCUCAUCAGCAGGACAUGGCCACGAGCAUCCGCGGCAGCGGAACGACUAUGGAGCCCAGCCACUGUAAAGAGUGCUGAGGAGGCGGAACCCAGGUUAGAGGAGCACCGCUGCAGAAUGUUGAGGCGCGGUCUGGCAGUCGAACCACAAAAUGGCCCUGGAUACUGCACGUGCGAUGGCGUCAUCUAAGCAGAACCACUGAAGACUCAACCCUGUCAGACGAUCACAAAAGUUUGCAUUCACUUUUAUGGCACACAUCAUUCUGAUUGUUUCAGAUAAUUUAGAAAAAUGAAAAGUAAGGUUCUG